UCCCCGGGAGGCGCGCCGUGGGAGCCCGGCCGUUGUGGAGCUCGCCUCCGCCAUGUACCGCCAGAGCUUCCGUUCCCCAACGCCCCCGCCCUUGGCCGGCGGCGGGUUCCGGAGCCCUUCCCCGGGAGGCGGAGGCCCUUUUCCGGCCUCUCCGCAGGGCUACGGCAGCCCCCGCCACACACCGCCCUACGCACAGCGCCCGCGGCCCUACGACAGCCCCGGCAACUUCCAGCCCGGCGGCGAGCGGCUCGGCGGCCCCGCGGCUCAUACGCCGCGCAGGCCCCACAGCGCCAGCCCCAGAUACUCGUCUCCCUACAGCGGCGGCUGGUCCCCCGGCGGAACUCUCCAUCAGGCGCGGCCUUACAAGCAGCCCCACUCGGGCGGCUACCAGAGAUACAGCCAGGGCUCACCUAGGACAUCUACUCCAUUUGGUACCCCACGUGGCAGAGAGAAAAGAGUGUCUAAUGAUGUGGAAAGCUAUUACAAACCUUCAAUGCUUGAGGACCCAUGGGCUGGCCUAGCGCCAGUAUCUGUUACCGAUGUUAACCAACAAUUUGGGAGGGAGCAAACAACAUACACUGGUAAAAAGGGGAGGUAUUUCAGUUAACAUUUCCAGAAGUGAAAUAACACCAGCUGUGAGAAACUGGGACAGAAUCGUAACUCAGGCAGUGCUUUUAUUUGAACUGCAAUUCUUUUUAUCCUACAUUUUUUUUUACUGUACUGUGGAUUUUUAUGAGUGGAAAGAAAGGAGUAAAGAGAUACCUUAAUGCUUCUGGCUGUGUGGAAGGGGCCAUCCAACUGUGAAGAACAAAAUAUUCUUUAGUCACCAGCAAAUUCAUUUACCUCUUCUGUGCCAGAUUGUACAAUAUGUUUAUUAUUGUUAACUUCUUUAAGAAGUGGAAUCCUUUUAUGUUUCUACCUUUUAAGAAUAAAGCCAGCUUUGAAAUAAAACAUUUUGUAGAAUGUACAGACAUUUUACCUUUUUUUGUUAAGCUUUAGGAAAUACAACUGAAAUUGUCUUUUCUGUAAAUACUUGUUGGCUUUGGUAAACAUUUUUAUACAGCCUUGCACAUUCUAGUGCUAAACAAUUUUAGCAGUCCUUGGCAAAUGUAUUCUCUUUAGAAAGAUUUAUAAUUGCAUUUAGUUGUAACUCAAAGUUCUAUUUAGAAAUAAAAACACAUUUGUUUUAGCAGGAAACUGCAUUGUACAAACUGAAGUUCAAUCUGCAUCCAUUUAUCAGCGGAUAAAAAUGUUAAGUUUUAGAAUUGUUUAAAUCUGAUGGUAUGGAAGUAUAAAUUUUGCUUGACUGAAUUUAAUUACUCUAUAGGUUUAUUAAUUGACAGCUUUGUUUGGGCAGACUUAAGAAUAAAAUGUCUGCAAGAGUUCUUCACCCAUGUCGCAUAAAAAUAUAGAUUGAGAUAAUUACUCAGGUUAAAUUAUGCCCAUUUAAUUUUUGGAAGUUCCAUUUGAAAUGGGUUGCACUUCUAAGGAAAGUUAAUGGAAAUUGUCAUUUCAGGUUUAAUAUAUGAAAUCUCGUAACAAGUUGUCCCAUUUGUAAUGGCUUCUUGAUUCUUUGUUCCAGUGAAGCAUUGGCAACAUUUAGGCUUCAGAAACCAUAGUUGACUUGUGAUCUGUUGCAAGCCCUCAGACUUGCAAACCUCCUUCCCAGUUCCUUGCAUGCAAAGAAUUAAGGCUUUCUAGACCAAAGCCAACAACUUGUAGUUUCUUAGUUGCCAGGGUUUAAUCCUUGUUUAGAAUAAUGAUUUGUAGGCAAGCAACAAGCAGUUGAAUUUGGGUGGCACAACAAUUCGUGGUUUUAAACCAGGCAGGCCUUCAUUUCAGCGUGACGUGCAAGAGGAGGAGAAAAAGAGUGCACAAGCUUGGGGCCUUCAUGGCAGCUUUACUUCAUGAACAACCCCAUUUGUUUGUGAUACUUAACAGUGUCGUUCUAAGCCAAGCGACACCUUUUUAAGUUCCUUGAAGUCACUAAGCAUAGAAUGGUGUAAUCUACUAGGAUGGCACUGUCAGUAAGGCUAUUAAAUCGAGAAUUUAAUACUGAUAAAGUCAGUUUAUUGACAGCCGCUACCAGCUAAUCAUAACUUCUGGGCUUUUUUGUAUGUAUCCUAAAUAUAAUGCUACUGUGAACAUAACCAGCAAGAAUGUAAAAUGUUCAGAAUCUUAUUGAUUUAAAUAUAAUGAAUUAAAUAUAUU